GAUGCACGUUGCAGAAUAGGCUUGGGGAGCAUCACUAUAGCAACCGCAAACUGUAAGUCACUUCAGAGCAAGCUCCGAGAGGAAAUGUGACCUGGGCCAUUACACAUCUACAAGCCCUACAAGACAACUGGAUCACUUCUAAAGGUAAGAGUGAAAUUGAGCUGGAGAGGGCAGGUGUCAGAGGCAGGUAUAUAAACAAGCAUGUCGUGGUUCAGCUGGAGUGAGCCAUAUUGUCGGAGCCCUCGACGAGAGCCAUCUGAAGUGGUGACGGACACCCUGAUGUUGGAGCUGAGCUGGCAGAUGAGAGAGGCUGAGAGGCUGCACCACGAGCGGGACAAUGAAUACCGGAGACUGAAGAGUGGCGUGGACUAUAGCUGGCUCAUGAGCACCCCGCGCAGCACAUAUAACAUCAGCCAAGGAGAAAGACUGGGCCUUGAAGACCUUUGUAGCAAAGUGCCACCAUCAUACUGUGGAUCUGUAAUACAGAGGUUUCGGCAGGUGCUAAUGGAGAAUGAACCUGAGGUGCAGGAGGUUUCUGGACUCUUCCGCUCUGCUCUUUUGGAAACACUGGAGCAUGUUCAGGAAGAGCAGGAUGCUCAGCGUCUCACCCACCAGUGGAACAACAAACGCUCCAUCAGCCUGUCACUUCUGACCUUCAAGUCUCGUGUGCGGAUCAACCCAUUCGGCAGCACCUUGGGACUGAAAUCCAAAAGUUGUGGCUCGGAGGAAGACAGCGUAGAUGUUAAGACUGUGUGUGGGGAUGUUGAGAAGGGCCUUGGUCAGACAACAGAGAAAGCACAGCGGGUCUGGAGCAUGCCAGAUUUCCGACAAAAGGGAAUAAAUGGUAAAGCUUGAGUUUCAGCGUGUGGGACAGUGAAUCCCACCUCCUAAAGGGAUUGCGAUGGAUCGGGUCCAUCCGAAAGCUGAUACCCAUAGCAUCUAAUUCACUCUCAAUGUAUUUAUAUUUGGAUGUGUAAGUGCAGAGGCAAGAGGUAUUAAAUGCUCAGUGGAACAUAAAACCGAAGUCUUAUAAACAAAGCCCCACAGAUCAAUACAUAUACUAAAGGGACUAUAGAUAAAGAAGUCACACAUUAUAUUCUGUAUUAUUUGUAAUUUUUGUGUGAAUGACAAACAUGCAGCACAUUUUCUAAAACUGGAAACCACAUAUCUGCCUAUUCACUUCAAAAUUAGCCUGAUCCAAAAAAAUGCUAUGCUAACUUAUUAUCAAUGAGAAAUGCUCAUUCAAUAAAAUAAAUACAAUCUGCUCUUUGUUAUUUUGUUCUUCCAGUAAUUCUUCAUUGUCUCCCCUGAUGUUUGCAAUAUUGAAAAGGCUAUUUAAAUGAACCUUGUUUAAACAUUGAUGGCACAUAUAUAUAUAUUUCCAUUUAUGUGCCUUUUUGUUUUAAUUAGCCCCAUUUUUCAAAACAGGAGGUCCUAUAUUUGGGGUAUCAACAGCAUAUGUGAUCUCAUCCUUCAGUUUUAAAUACAAAAUCGAUGUCCUUACAAUAAUACA